CGAAAGCAACGAUAGUGAGCUGUCAUACUCACGGCGAAAUCUUUUGGCAAGACUCAAUUCAUUCGUUGUGAAUCAAUUUGACCAGUAGUGAAUACGUGUUUUCAUAGAAGCUGUUCAAAAUUUGUUAAAUAAUUUGACAAAAAAAUGCCUGCACCAGCCAGUUCAACGUCCGUGGGCAGUGGCUCACGUUCGCCAACGAAAAUGUCGGCGCCCCGCAGCGCUGGCGCUGGAGGUAGCAACCUGAAGCAGCGUAAGACCACAAGUAGCACCACAGCGGCCAGAAGCCGCACCACUGGUGCUGGUACCGGUGGUAUGUGGCGUUUCUACACCGACGACUCUCCCGGCAUUAAAGUUGGUCCUGUGCCCGUGCUAGUGAUGUCUCUGCUAUUUAUCGCCUCCGUAUUCAUGCUGCACAUUUGGGGCAAAUACAACCGUUCUUAAGAGAAAAACAGCAGCAAAAGAAGAGUGUGUGCAACGACUACAGCAACAGCAACAGCAACAUAUAAACAAGACGGCAUGCGUGUACCUGUUGUUAUCAGCAUUUUUGGGAGCUAUGAAAAUGUCAACGUCAGCAGUGUACCAAAACAAGUUUAAUCCUGACCGUAAGAAAAAUACUCAGAUUAAACGUCAGUUACGGCCGACUGUUGCAUGUUGCGCACCACUAUUUGCAAUUAAUUUCCAAUAUAAACCUUCGCUUUUAAGUUUAGUAACUAAGUUAAUUUUCUACGGAUAAACAAAAAUUCCAUAACAUUGCUAAUUAGUUACGAAUGUUAAAUGUCAUUACAAUUUGAUGCCGCCUUAAAGUAUGCAAAGAAAGCAAGUUCAUUCCACAAUUAAAAGUGGUUUUUCUGUGACUCUUCUUUUGGAUAAAUAACUAAACGGUCGUUUUUUAAUUCCCAUUCGUAAGUUUCGGCAUUUAAUAAAGCAAACCAAUGCUUUUUCUUGUGAAUCGAA